GUACCCGCAAAUGUUCAAUGAAAAAAAUGCUGGAUAAUGACUUACACGGCUUGUUCGCAUCGUAAACAUAGUGGUAUUCGGGUAAACUGUCUUUGCGUUUGGCCUAAUUUUACAACGAUUACUCCCCAUGUAACCACGAUCUAGGAUGGACAGGCUGUGUAUUAUGAAUAGGAAAAGUCACCUAGGGACCGUUGCGUAGAAUACUUUUUUGGCGAAAUAUUGCGCAAAGUCCAGUAAGCCAACAAAAGGUCACAGACCAUCCGUGACUGAGGCAAUGUCAUCGUUCAUACAGUAUCAAGCAGGUGACAACAAAUAUCCCCUCAUUCCUUCAGGACCUCCCAAGUGGAGCUGUGCAGCCCUUCGUGUUGGCUCUUGGGGAUAGAACCUCUCCAACGCAGGCAUUUCUUAUAAUUGAGAAGAACGCUUUAGAAUAUCCAACACUACUGAAGGCCUUUGAUGCCUGUUUCAAGGCGUUCUAUGUUCUUGACAUAGAAUAUCCUGCUAACUGCAUUAUUGUGUGGCAAUUCAUUCAAGAGCUUGUGUUCGAUGUAAGAUCCAAGAAAGGACAUGUAUCGCUGAGUAAGAAUGUGACCAGUUUGAGGAGCUUUUUCCUUGCCUAAGCACCCGUGGUGUCACACUAGCUGAGUAAGUUUUCUGUGGAUGUUGGAAGAACAGAGACCACCUGGCGAUAUUCAUCCAACCACUCAACGCUCUGCCGCUUCUUUUAUGCCUGUGAGUGUUAGUACGCAUUCGGCAUGUGGAAUAGGCUUGUUCAGACCAUUGUAAACAGAUUGGUUACCACAGAUAGAAUAGCAAGAAAUCUCAGCAGACCAGAAAGUGGCAUAUUUGGAGCCAUAACCUCGCACCUUCUAAAGAGAGUCAACCAGCCUGUUGAAAGAAAUGCUGUCAAACAUCUUGACGUCCGGCCCAAUCAUACUGUCCUUGAAAUCGGCUUUGGACUCGGUUACGGAAUCCAGCAUGUCCUCGAUAUCAUUAAAGAAGGACACGGUUCUGUUCAUGGCCUGGACAUCUCAGACGAAAUGGUCAGAAGAACGACGAGACGUUUCCAAAAGGAAAUCAAGGACAAAAAGGUCAACAUUUGCAUUGGGGACGUGGCAUGCAUGCCUUAUGAAGACAACACAUUUGACAGAGUAUUCCAUACAAAUUCUUACUACUUCUGGCCAGAUAUGGAUAAAGCAGCCAAGGAGAUAUACAGGGUGAUGAGAAAAGACGGCGUCAUGGUUACAGCCUUGCCUGAUAAGGUAAAAAUGAUAGCGGGAAAAGGAGCGCUGAAAUAUGGAGACCCAGAUCAAACACGCUAUGUUGACGCCCUGAGGAAAAAUAACUUUGUUGAUGUUCAAGUACAGGAUUUUUAUGACGCAGAGGAUUGCGAGUACCCAUGGUACCAGGCGGUUUUUGCCUAUGUGAAAAAGAAAUGAAUCUUUCUCUAUUAU